CCAUCCACCCUCAGAAGGACGUGGUUCUUGGGCAAACUUCUCUCGCCGCAUCUGCUUGCGGUCGAGAUUCAAUAUCGCAGUCUUCUGGGCAGAGGUAGCCGUCGCUACCGUUAACCUCGUCCUCCUCUUCAUCCAAGCUAUCACGCAAGCUCCAGCUCAAGAUGUCAGUAAAUGACGCCUCGUCCAGCAGCAACGCCUCCCUAGUGGAGGAGCAGCGGCGCAUUCCACUCGAGGCGAUACACACCCAACCCAUCGCUCAUCUUCAUCUCAUCGCUUCCUCGGCCCUCUCGCUUCGAUCUCCUAAAGAGCUGUGGAAUUGGGGGGGCACGUUUCGAGCCCGACCUCGGUUGAUAUUCGAUCCCGUCAAUGUGGAGCAAUGUUGCGCGCUCGUGGAGCUUGCAAGAAGGGAGGAAAGGGAGAUAAGAGCGGUGGGGAGAGCGCAUAGUCCUGGAGACUUGAUGUGGACAAAGGAUUGGGUCAUGAGGAUGAAAGGAUUAGAAGGUCUGGUAAAGAUCGAUCAAAGCGUUCCCAGCAUCACUGUCCUGGGCGGAACGUAUGUGUCUGCGAUACAUGAGAUGCUCGCAGCAGCUGAUCCUCCACUGGCCAUGAGCAAUGUGGGGUCCAUCUCAGAGCAGACCAUCGGCGGAUUGAUCUCCACAGCCACGCACGGCACAGGUGUCGACAUGCCGCCCGUAUCCGCCCUGAUCAUCUCCAUGCGAAUCAUCGUCGCCUUGCCAUCCGAUCAAGGUGGCGUACAAGUGGUGAGGUGCAGCACAACCGAAAGGCCGGACCUGUUCAACGCUACACUCUGCGGAUUGGGAUGCACAGGGUUGGUGGUUGAAGCAGAAUUAAAAGUGGAGCCGGCUUUCUGCCUGAGACAGGUCGCAGAGGAGAUGCCAUUUGACUUUUUGUUCGGCCCGAGCACCGGUGCUCCAAGCGUCAUCGCGCAGGUUUCGCCUGCGCCAUUUCGUCCCAAUGCUUCAGGUCGCACCUCCGCAACUCCGACUGCCCCGACCGAAGUCACAGCAUUCCCAGAGCGACUUAUCGACACGCCCUCUCGUGAGAGUCUUGGUCAUUUAUUAGCUCAAGGUCGCCGCAUUCCCACGACUCGGUCCAAAUACCUGCCCAGCGUGCGCAACGAGGUUACAGGAACAGUUUGGCCUAUACCUUCAUCAUCGGUGGACAACGUCUCGCGACUAGACCCACCAGACGAGGAUGAUGAUGAGGAGACCAGAUCCGCUCAGCGCAGAAUUGGCACCAUAGUCAACAGCACGCAGCAUGCCAAGAUCAUGUACUGGCCUCAGGCGCGUAUGUGCACCUUGUUCAGGCAGGACCGAACGUUCGAGCCGCCUGUGCAAGCCACCCUGGCCAGCAGAGUGUACGGUCGAUUGAUUGGACACGAUCUGGCACAAUUCCUCCUGUUCGUCUCGCGCUACCAUCGCUCGCUACCACCACGAGUAGGCAAGCUGGUGUUCAACCUCACGCACCCCUCCCCUCCACUAAAACACAAAUCACAUCCGAACGCUCACGGACAGGCCGGCUUCUCCUCUGCGGGCAAUUUAGCCUCUGCACCACCCUCCCUGGCGCCAUCCACCGCUCGCAAGAGGUCUACACCCACCACCAAACUCCACACGAGCCCGAACUUGCAUAGCGAUGGGACGCCCGUGGGCGUGUCCGCUGAAGGACGUGUCUCGGAGGAAGGCGAACACGUGAAUGGGCCGUCGCAGCAAGGUCCCCGACGUGAGAGUGAGGGUGAGAGUGCCGGAGGUGCGCCAGCGGGAGUAGCGAGCGUAGGCCGUACGACCGAAGAAGAUGCUUCAGAGACCUCUAUUAGCUCGGCAGACGACUCCUCGCCUCACGCUUCGGCCGGAAAUGUCAUCGCCGCUGCCGAGCUGGGAGCAAGGGUUGGGGCUCUCAGGACGGCUGUCAAAAGAGGAGCAGUGGAUCGACCUGGUCUGCCCGCGCACCGAGUCUCGCUCGAAGAUUUCCUCUCUGGAGCUUCUACUAGCGCCACGCCGUCCACGUUUUCACCAAUCAUCUCUCGAUCGAACGUCGCGCCAUCCUUUGGACAGGGCGCAGGAAGAACAACGCGAAAUCUGGGCGUUCAUGCGCCUCUCUCCUCGGAUCACGCGACCUAUACGAGCGUGAAUACGUCCCAUUUGGUCUUCAAUAUGGAUUGCCUCUUUCCUCAGUACACGACCGAGUGGGCGAUACCUUUCGAACACACUGCUGCAGCCAUUCGCGCACUUAGAGACUGGUUGGAAGCGGAACAGGCGAAUAGCGACGGCGAAAGACCCCAUUUCCCCGUGGAAAUCAGGUUUGGGGAUGCGGAUGGCAUCUGGUUGAGUCCGAGUCAGGGCAGAAAGACGUGUUUCAUCGGCUUGAUCCAGUUCAGACCUUACAAUCGUCCGACGCGCUACCGCGUCCUGUUUGAACGCUUCGAAGCCCUCAUGCGCUACUUUGCAGGUCGACCGCACUGGGCCAAAUCGCACACGUGCGGCCACGCAGAGCUCAGAAAGCUAUAUCCUCAUCUUGACGAUUUCUUGAACCUUCGACGGAACGUGGAUCCGGAUGGAGUCUUUUUGAACCCGUAUGUCAGGAGGCACCUGCUCGGAGAGAUUGGCCAACAUACGAAUCCUAGGUUUUUCAAGGCCAGGCUUUGA